AAGUUGAGGACCUUUGUGUGAGGAAAUAUUAUUCUGGGACUUAAUAGCAAAAUAUCCAAACUUGAGGGACUUAAAAGAGAAAAUGAAUUGGAUAAGGAUCAGCUAUUUUUUUUUCCUUCUUUCUUCUUCCUCACCCGCGCGUCUGCUCUUCUUUUUUUCUUCCCCUUGCAGUCGAACAAGAAGCAAGCCUGAUAGCACCCAUCCCUUGAGAAAACUGAUCUGCUGCUGCCUUCUCCCUCCUUUGCCGCUGGUUGUUGCUGUGGGUAGUGGGUUCAGUUUUUCCGAAUUGUUACCGGCUUCUCCCCCUCGCCAGGUCCGGUUCUGCAGCUGCUAAAUUCUGGUUCUCGAUUAUUCUACCACCCUAGCACUUGGGUUAAGCCUUCUGUUCUGUCCGAUUUAAGUCGAACAAGAAGCAAGCCUGACAGCACCCAUCCCUUGAGAAAACCGAUCUGUUGCUGCCUUCUCCCUCCUUUGCUGCCGGUUGCUGCUGUGGGCAGUGGGUUCAGUUUUUCCGGUAAGCCACAGCCAUGAACUUCAUCUUUUCAGCUUGAUUUAGCUUGGGUUCAUUUUAAAUCUGUUGUUCGUUCAAUUUUGGGUUAAUUCCGUGAGUCCCCUGUAGAAUUGCCGCCGGCUUCUCCCCCUCGCCAGGUCCGGUUCUGCAGUUGCUAAAUUCUGGUUCUCGAUUAUUCUACCACCCUAGCACUUGGGUUAAGCCUUCUGUUUUGUCCGAUUUAAGGUAAAUAAAUUAUGGUAACGCCCUUCGAUUUCAAAGCAUGUUUUAAAUUGUUUUUGAGAUGGUGGCAAGGUUUAAAUUGAUUUUAAAUUGAUUUUAUUAGCACCGAGCAUGAUUGAUUUGAAAUGGAAUUAUUUUCGUUUUCAUUGAGUAGAGCAUGCCACUUGGAACUUAUUGAACUACUCUGAUGAUUUGAGAAUUUUUCGUAAAUUAUGAUUUUCUGUUAAAUCCAUGCUCACAUGGAAUUUUCUGGUUAAUUCUGAAAUUUGAGAUUUGAUUGUGAAUUAUGGAUUUCUUUUGUAAAUCCUGCAUGGUUUUGUCUUUGAUAUGGUCAUGUAUUACUGUACCUGCUAGUGGGAGGUUUAUAAACGCUUGCCAUGACCUAUAGAUGAGACUACUACUGAAUUUUCUUCUGCAUUAACAAUUUUUCAUUGAACUCUUUGUUAUUGAACUAAAUCUUAUUCUGCAUUAAUGGUUUAUCAUUGAACGUUAUGUUAUGAAGCGAAGUCAAGGACAGGGGAAAAACGAGGGGAGUGACGAGUUAGAAGGCUAGCCACCUGUAAUUUGAUAUAGAUUUUAGAUAUAGAUCAUGAUCUUGUAAGUUAGAUUUUAAUUGGAGAUUUUAUAAAUUUAUUUAAUGGAUUGUUAGUUUACAAGAGAUUUGACUUUUGAGAUUUUGAGUUUAAGUCAUGUUGGAUAUAGGAUUAUUUUGAAAUAUCUUAUUUAAGUUAUUGGAUUGUCAGAUGUGAAUUG